AUGCACUUGAAGACACUGAAACCUGGAAUGUCCGAGAUCUUCCUUCUGUUGGGAGUGAUGAUGAUGUACGGUGCUCUGUCUUUGAUCUACAUCAUGACUAAGUACGGAGGUAUGGGUCUACACGCGAAAGAUCUGCCGCCCGCAACGAUCGCCAUAUCGAUGAAGUCGCUCUUAUCUGUCGAAUUCAUCUACGGAACUUCCCUCGGACUUGUCAAAACUUCCAUUGCUCUCUUCAUGGUCCGCAUUUUCGGAACCAAAGACGGCUUCAAACAGGGGUCAUCGUGGCCCUAUGGGGGAACUUGCGGCAACCGCCCGGCAGCUUUCAUGGUAGCUGGUAUCAUGAAUGUCGUUACCGACCUUAUGGUCAUCGCACUGCCUCUGCCUCACGUCUGGAAGUUAAAGCUCAACGUACAGAAAAAGAUCGGUCUUACCUCUGUGUUUUGCGUGGGAAUUGUAAUCUCUGUCAUUAGUAUCAUCCGUCUCAUCUCCAUCUACAAGCUGAAUUUCGAAGAUCCUACAUACACCAUGCUCGACCCUAUCAUGUGGACAGUACUGGAGCCUCAACUUGCCAUCAUCUGUGCCAACAUGCCAUUCUUUAAAACAAUCAUUGCCGCUUUUGCUCCUGCUAUGGGAUCCUCCUCCGAUCGGAAGUACGGGGCCGGUGUUUCCUCUGGGAGGACCUUUGACCGACUUGGGUAUUCGGCGAACCACGAAACUUAUAACAUGGAUCCCUUGGACACAAAGACGCACACGGUCAAUGUUGGUCACGACUUUGGCUCCUCGAAAACCGCCAAUGCCGAUGUUGAGUCCGUCAGCUCGGACGAGCAGCGCCUGGCCGCUCAUGCGGGUCCUUAUGGGAUUAGCGUCAUUCAAAAAUUCGAUGUCGAGUAUGAGAAGGCGAGCAUGAGAGGAAAGUCGGCCGGAAGUGUACCCCAUUAA